UCCAGUGGCUUGGAAGAAAACUCAGAAGUAACAAAAGGUGUUAAAUUUAUAAAAAGCAGUAACUUUACAGCUGAUCUAUCAGAUAAUCAAAGCUUAAUUUGCUCUGCCCCAGCAGAGAAGAAAUGUGCAAAUAACCCCAACCAAGACACUCCCUUUCAAUUCUGUCUCAGCCCACUAAAACCACCCAACACUAGAUUUCCAAAAAUCCACUCUGGGACCAUCAGAUUCCAAAGAUGUCACAUGUUCCCCCCAACCCCCACACUCAAUGUCCCAACUCUGCCAGAUACAUGUCUGUUGGGAGGGCUCAACCAGCAACAGAGAGAAAAAGAUAUUUGCUAGAAAGAGGAGACCAGACCCACUGGCGUUAAGAAGGGGACCUGGGAGGAUAAGAUUGGAGAGGCGUGCAGACAUGCUUGCACUGGUGAAAUUGAGGCCAGAUGUGUGAAGUUCCAGAAGCCUCACAAAGAGGGCAGUCCUGGGAGAGUGGAGAUUGUAGGAAGAGAAGGAGAUUAUUUGAAGAUCUCCUCAACAGCUCAGAGCUCGGGAGAACAUAGCAUUGGAAGGAGACCAAAUCGAGAAAGAGAAAUUGGCCAAAAGUCUGAGUUGGAAUCAACUAACAAAUAUGCAGUUAUCCAGCACAUAGUAGGUGUGUUAUAAACUUUAUGGAAAAAAAAAAUAAGAACCCAGACCUGUACACACCCCCUGAAAUUUCUAUUUUGAACAUGGGGAAGGAAAUAAGAACUAUUUUGGGCUGCUGACCCAACUGACGGGACAGUGGCCAAGUGCCCAUUUUCUCCUCUUCCACUGCACUGGUGAAACAGUAGGCAUCUUUGCUAGAGAUUCCCGCUCCACAACCAAGGCGGCUGGGCUUGCUCCAGAGCCCUGAGCCUGCCAGGGGUGGCUUUGGAUGGUGCUGAGAUGUGACCUCUGUGAUUCUCAGGUGACCAAAGCAGGAAAAGAGGAUUGACCAGGUGCAUGUGCCAGGGGGAAAUGGAGCAGCCUGUGCACCCUGCCAGGUACCCGCCUGCCACGGUGGCUGCUCCCAGCCACAGAAUUUAUGGGCUGUGAAUUUCUCACAUCUAUGGAGGAAAUGGACAGGACAGGCAGACUGAAUAAGCCUGGGAGACAGGUCAGGGGUUGACAGAUCUUCCCUCCCUGGGGGCACCCCAAGUGACCAGCCAAGGAGGCUGGCUCGAUACAAGAAGGCUUUCCCCCAUUUCUCUCUGCUCUGAUUAGUUGGGCAUCUGAUUUGUCCUUGAGACCCCGAUACUGCCACUUCACAAGAUCCUAAACUACCGCCUUUACCCCCCACACUCCCCUUCCACCACCAGGUUCUGAUCUCCACAGUCCCAGCUACUGACUGGACGCCAUCACAACCUUACCAAUCUUCAGAAUACACUCCUUUCCAUCCGACGAAAUGAUAGAACCCUCUGAAGACUCAUUUGAGACGAUGAUGGAGCAUAAGAAUCCAUCAUCAAAACAAAUGGAGUCCUCCGAGGGCUCAUCCAACACCACCGAGGCGACAUCGGGCAGUGGAGUGCGGGGAGAGGCAGGGCCAGCCAGCGGCCCAGCCCAGGAAAAGAAGGAGCCCCCCAGUGGCCCACUCCAGGAAAUGGAAGAGCUGCGCACUGAUCUACUCCAAGACAUGGAGGAGCCAUCCAGUGGCCCACGUAAGGAAAUAGAGGAUCCACCCAAUGACCUACUCCAAGACCUGGAGGAGUCAUGCAACGGUUCACACCAGGCAAGGGGGGAUCCACUCAGUGGAGCAUCUGAUAGGAUGAAAGAAGCAUCAGUCAACCCAUCGGGAGCCCGAGAAGAACAAGAGGCUCACACUGACCUGAAGGAAUCGGGAAGGGAGGAGACUCCUCAAGAAGAGCAAAACCAGACCGAGCACUCAACCGCAGAACUUAUGGCCAUGGUGAGGUCCAUCAUCUCGCUGUACUUCCGAAUGCAAGACCUCAAAGAGCAACAGAGAGUAGCAGAAGAGAUCUUGAUCAAAGGGAUCAAUGCAGGCCAACUGCCCGCCCCAAAGCACUUCUCUGGCGAUCGCAGAGAAUUCCACGAGUUCAUCGUACUCUGCCAACUGACCUUACAGAGCUACCCAAGAAUGUUCUAUAACGACCGUCUGAGAGUUGGCUAUGUCAUCAGUCACCUGUCCGGCUUGGCAUUAGAAUGGGCCAAAGCUCUACUGCAGGAAAACAGCCCCCUGAUCGGAGACUUCCCAGCCUUCCUGGAGGCCAUGUCGGAGGUGUUUGAGUACCGCCAGGCACUGCGUGUGGCAGAAGAGGCCAUGUUCACCAUCAGGCAGGGCGGCCGCUCUGCCACUGAGUACAUCGAUGAGUUCCAGAGCCUGGUACCCAUCUUGGGCUGGCCAGAUGAAGUCCUGCAGGCCCACUUGUGCCAGGGGCUCAACGAGGAGAUCAGGCACUAUCUAUUCCGGGUCCCUCAGCCGGAUUCCCUAGACAGUCUGAUUGUGCUCAUCCUGCAAAUAGAAGAGAAGCUGGCAGAGAGAAGAGCUAUGCUCAGGCUGCCCCCCGAGGCCCGCCCCCGGAACCUGACCUGGAUCGACUCACCUGCUCCAGAGAGGUGGAUGGUCAGCAGCUGGUUGCCCAGCGAAGUCCAUCCGGACAUCAAUCGCGCCCACCUCUUCCUGCUGCUCAUGGUGAGAGUGAACCCCUACCACAGCGUCGCGGUCCAGGCCCUGGUGGAUUCGGGAGCUGACGGCAACUUCAUGGAUGAGAAGUUCGCCCAAGAGCACUACGUCGAGCUCUACGAGAAGCCGUACCCACAGCCGGUCCAAUCCGUGGACGGCUCGCUGAUUGGCAACGAGCCUGUCUGGCUCUACACGGAGCCCCUGGUGUGUAUCCACCAGAACCACCAGGAGUCCAUCGAAUUUGACAUCGUACCUUCACCGAACUUCUCUGUGGUCCUAGGCAUCCGCUGGCUCCGAGUCCACGCCCCCGAAGUCGACUGGAUCAAAGGCCGCUGCACCUUCCACUCUCCCUACUGCCUGAAGAACUGCUUCCGCCCGCCCCCGCCAUGCAUUGCCCUGGAGAGGCACGGCAUGAGCCUGCUACCCGGACUGCCGCACCCAUACUCAGACCUGGCCGACGUGUUUAACCCGAAGGAAGCAGAUGAUGAGACUUCCGACCAGCCAAGCUCAGACGGAUCCGAUGAUCUUUCUGAAUCAGAGCCCUCUGAGCUUCAGCAGGCUGGAGACAGUGAUCACAGCGAGACCUUUUACGAGUGUCCCUCCACCGCGCCUUGGGAACCUGUGGGUGCCGGGAUGCAAGAAAGAGCCAGGCUACAGGAGGAAUACUGGGACCUGCAGGACAUGCUGACCAACAGACAGGACUACAUACAGAUGAUUCCGGAACUGUUUGACCAGUUACACGGAGCCGAGUGGUUCACAAAACUGGAGCUGCGUGGGACCAUUGUGGAGGAAAGCGUGAACGGGCACCGCACCGAAGAUGUGUGGAAAGCAGCGUUUGGUUUGGAGCUUGAAGAGAUGAAGAGCUACCAGCCGUUCGCGCUCUCCCCAGACCCUAUCAUACCUCAGAACGUGAUUCACUUCAUCCUAAAGGACAUGCUAGGGUUCUUUGUGCUUUCUUAUGGCCAGGAAGUCCUGAUCUACUCAAUGAGUCAGGAGGAGCACCUCCACCACGUCCGCCAAGUCCUGGUCCGCUUCCGCCAUCACAACGUCUACUGCUCCCUGGACAAGAGCCAGUUCCACCGCCAAACCGUGGAAUUCCUGGGCUUCGUCGUCACCCCCAAAGGGGUGAAACUGAACAAGAACGUCAUGACCAUCAUAACAGGGUACCCUACCCCUGGCUCCAAGCUAUCUCUGCGAAACUUCAUCGAAUUCGUCUUCCCCUACCGCCACUUCGUGGAGCGCUUCAGCGUCAUCGCAGAGCCCCUGGUGCGGCAGCUGCUGAGCUCCUACCAGUUCUACUGGGGAGUCGAGGAGCAGGAGGCCUUCGAGUGCCUGAAGAGGGCUUUCCGCAAGGCGCCUCUCCUCCACCACCCCAAGCCCCAGAACCCAUUCUACUUGGAAACCGGCGUCACCGGCACGGCCCUGCACGCCUCCCUGAUCCAAAUCGACGACCAAACCGGCAAGAGAGCCUGCUGCGCUUUCUACUCCCGCAACAUCUCCCCUAUCGAGGUUGAGUACUCUCAAGUGGAGAUGAAGAUUCUUCCAAUACGGGCUGCCUUCACGGUGUGGUGCCGCUACCUGGAGAACACCGAGGAGCCCAUCAUGAUCCUUCUCAACACAGAGGAUCUAGCCUCUCUGAAUAAUGACAGGCUCACCGUACUUCUCCCCGGGCAUUGGGUCUUCUUCUUCUCCCACUUCAACUUUGACGUCAUGGAGCUGCCAGAACAAGAUGGCGGCCGAGCUCUGCCACCUGUGAGAAACCUCCGGUGGAGGAGAGCCUUCCAGAGGAACACUGCCGCCAGGCAAACCCUGCUGCUGGCCUCAAGGGGAUUCCCCAGGGAUCCAUCGACGGAAUCCGGGGAAGAAGAGAAUGAAGAACAGGAUGAGUCCAAUGAACAGACCCUACGGCAAGAGCUGCUGGCCAUGAUACCCAUCGACCAGAUCCUCAACAGCUUCCUCGCCCACUUCAGCAUGGCCCAGAUCAGGGCCGUCAUUCUGCAUUUCUUCCGAGGCCUCCUGUACUGGAAGAACACCCUAGCCCUGGCAGCCAUCCUCGUGCUACUGCGCGUGAGGCAGUGCCUCUCGCUGCGGCCGGCACCCGCCAUGCAGGUGGCUCGGCCCCAGCCCCAGCGCUCCCUACGACUCAUCCUGGAUUCGUCCCUCAUCGCAGGCAGCAGCAUCACGACAGCCAUCACCCAGCUGCUCACCCAGAUGCCCGCUCUCGUAGGCGCAAACACCAUCCCAGCCCAGGAGCUGGCUGAGCUGUUCCUGGGCCCUGGCCGCUGGCAGCGAAAUGCUCUGCACUCCCAGGCCCACCGAGGCCUGCAGUUCACCCCUGGCUUCUGGCUGACGCUGUGUGAGUUCUUCGGUGUCAGAGUCACCCCCCAGGAGGGCCACCUCCCUGCCCUGCGUCAGAACCGCUACCUGGAGCUGCACGUCGUUGGUGAUGAGGAUGUCGUCUUGCGAGAAGCCCUGCAAGACGACCUGCAACGUUACCGUCAGUGUGGCCUGCAUGACGGCCUGCAAGACACCUCGCAGGACAAGCAGGACAACGACGUGCAGGAGGCCUCACCCAGCCACACAGCAGCCACCCACCCACCCCGCCCACACCACCUGAUGGAUCCCCAGGUCCUGGAAUUCCUUGGUAGCCGCCUGCUCCACAUCCGCAGUGCGGAUGGCCAGCUGCACCUGCUCAGCCGGGAGCAGGCAGCCAGGGCCCUGAGCCAGUUCCUGACCCUGAUCUACAGGCGGGCCCUGCCCAUCCCCGCCUGGGAGAGCCAGCCCAGGGAGCAGGCAAGGCUAGAAGAGCUGCCUGAUGAGGACGAAGAUGCUGACCUCGACUGAAGACGCCUCCCCGUCUCCAGCAAAGAGUCCCCUCUAUUUCUCACCCCAACACCUCCCGACGUCCCCUGGCCUCCCCGCGCCUCAGCCUGCUUCGCUUCCCUUCCUGCCACUCCUGACCCAAGAGGAACCCACUUGUGAAGGGCAACAACUUCUUCAACUCAUCAACCAGCAACGCCACCUGUGCUAACGGACUACCCAGUCCUCAGAGACCCAGCGCCAGCCCUGGGCUACGAGUUCUCCGUUCUCCAGGUCCCAAGCCCAUGCCCGGGAGUGACAUCCAUGAGGGAGACAGCAGUGGCGAGCAGGAAGUGACCCCAUGACGCGUGGCCAGAUGAAGAAGCAGGCACAGCAGGCGCAGCCAAGCAAGCAGAUGCCGGGGCCCCCCACCCGGCCUGGCGAUGGCCACCCUGUGCCGCCCUGGGACACUGACCUCGGGUGCUCCACUGACUUCUUCUACCUCCACUGCCGGUGCUCCUGCUCCCCGGAGCUCCCGCCCCCGCCCCCCAAAACCCCCAUCCCCCAACCUCCCGACAUCUGAUGAUGUGGUGCCUCCCUCACCCCCAUCACACCCUGCAAGCAAACCCACCCCCACCCCCACCACUUCUGCUUCAGCUUUUUUGACCCCGCCUUCCUCUGGCCCUGAGCUCUGGACUUACCUGGACAAAGCCGCUCUUUGGGGCAUCCGGACGUACCAGUGCCACUUACCAGACUUGCACAGCAAAGAGGGCCCCUGCAUGCCUUGGGGCGCCUUUCCCUCCCAACACUGAACACUGGACAGUGCAGGGGUGCAGGGGCCCUUCAUACAGGGAUGGAGUCCCAGAAGGCACACAGACACCCGGGGGACCAUGCCGAGUCACAGAGAGGCUCUGGCCACACCACCGCUUUGCACGGGGAGUAGACCUUUCCCCACCCCCUGAGCUUUCUCACCCCCCAAUCUUUUUGCACUCCUCAAAUAAAGCAAACUAAAAGAC